CGUAGGAGAGAAUUCCCCAAUCCAAUUGGAUAGUUUGUUUUCUGUCGUCAAGCGUUGGCAUUUCCUGGGAAGUCUCCAAACCGAAGAUUUAGGAUAUCCUGCCUUUUCUUGGUUCCCACGAACAUUGGAGGUUCUUGGGAAAUCUCCAAAUUGAACCGAGAAUUUCAAAUAUCCAGCCUUUCUUCGAUUUGGGAUAUUGGAACUAGCAGCCCUAUUCCCUCAUCUAUCGCUUUUGUCGUAAAAUUUCUCGUCCUUAUUGAAUGAUCCCUAGGAAAUGAGCUCAUGACCUGUCUUCAUUAAUAUUUUCUCGUGCAAAAUUUGCCUUGACAAGAAAAUUUUAUUUUGUUUUAUAGUAAUUUUAAUGAUGGAAAAUAUUUCUGACAAUGAGACUAGUAAAGAAAGUUUGGUUAAAAAUUCACCUAAAUUAGAAUCUGAAAGAAGAAAACAUGUAAAAGAGAAUUAUCAAAAACCAAUAAUUGAACCCUUACUAGAUGAGGAAGAAGAAAAAUAUAUAGCUGAUUUAAAUGGAAUGGAUAUUAUUGUUAAAUUGCCUUUACAUGCUCAACGAAUAUUUUCUAUGGGGAAUUUUGGAACUUUUGUUGGUCAAAGAAUGAAUUUUGCUAAUUGGAAAUGUUUUUCUUCUGAUGAACAAGAAUUGUGUGAAGCUGGGACAAGUAAAGAAAGUUUGGUUAAAAAUUCAAGUUUUGAUUCAAAACAAAAAGCAAAGGAGUGGAUUGGUAUAUUUUUUUAAAUUUUUUCAAGUUCAGGUUAUUUAGGGAGAUAAAUUCCCGGAAGAUUACCACUAUCCUUUAGGUUAUAGAUUAAUACUAGCCUUUGGUGCAAUAAUCUCGUAGGAACCGUGGAACCUCAAAAAGUUUUUUUCUAACCUCUAAGACCUCUAAAAGUUUGAAACAUUUGGGAACCGUUUAAUUUUUUGAAUGGGAGCAUCCUUGAUUUGGAACUGAUCUCUGAUGUAUCUUGGGGUCGAUCCGAAUAAAAAUGAAAAAAGUAUAGGAGAGAGGUGAUCCUUUUUCGAAUACUCACUUAAGUCUCG